AUGAAGAGAACGCCUUCGCCUGAACCAGUCACCAUCUUCGCUAAUCAGCCGUCGCAUCACCACCACCAUGUGGCCUUCGCCGGAGAUAUGGAGUACUACUCUUGGUUCGACGACGCUUGUAUCCAAGACAUGAACUACUUCGUCAAAACCAUCACCGGAAUCAAAUCCAAAGGAAUCCGACCUGACCUCAUCGGCUCCAUCAUCGCUCACUACGCUUCCAAGUGGCUCCCUGAUCUCGCCGGAAAUGUCUCCUCCGCCACGGAAUCGAAAAACCGCAAUGACCCACCGCCACACCAGGAGAGCGUCACGGCGUCUGUAAUGAAGAAGCGGUUUUUCGUCGAGACCCUAAUCGGAAUCCUCCCGCCGGAGAAAGACUCCGUUCCCUGCAAUUUCCUCCUCCGUCUCCUCAGGACGGCGAAUAUGGUCGGAGCAAAUCCGAGUUACUUAACGGAGCUUGAAAACAGAGUAUCUUGGCAGCUGGACCAAGCCUCGCUCAAGGAGCUCAUGAUACCUUCCUUCAGCCACACGUGCGGGACGUUGCUCGACGUUGAGCUCGUGACGCGUCUCGUCAAGAAAUUCGCCGGAUUGGACAUUGAAGGUGUUAAAACCGGCGCGUCUCUCGUGAAAGUGGCGAAGCUUGUUGACUCUUACCUCGCUGAAGCCGCCAUUGACGGUGGUUUGACUCUCCCGGAGUUCGUUUCUCUAAUCGAAGCUCUGCCUAGCCAUGCUCGUACCACAGAGGAUGGCCUGUACCGCGCCAUUGAUACAUAUCUCAAGGCUCAUCCUCUGUUGUUGAAGCAAGAAAGGAAGGAACUUUGCAGACUUAUUGAUAGCAGGAAGCUAUCACCGGAAGCAGCUCUCCACGCGGCUCAGAACGAUCGUUUACCGGUGAGAGCAAUCAUCAGGGUGUUGUUCACCGAGCAGACGAAGCUAAGCCGUCACAUGGACUGGAGUGGAAGCUCGAUAUGCAGCACGACGAGGAGCCCAACGAACCCUUCUGGCUCACACUACUUCGAGCCAGGCUCUGCAGCUCGGUGCUUGUCUAAACGCGAGAUGAAUGUUCAGCAAGCAGAGAUCAGAAGGCUUAAAGAGGAUGUGGUGAGGCUGCAGAGCGAGUGCGGUGCUAUGCAUUUGCAGAUGGAGAGGCUUAUGGAGAAGAAGAGUGGCGGUGGCAGUAAAGGUGGGUUUUUCCGGUGGAAGAGGCUCGGUUUAGUACCCUCGAUUAGAGGAAGUGUUAACGUUGAAAAGAUGGCGAACGGUGAGGAAGAAUCAGGUGAGAAUGGUGAAGGAUUUGAGCCUCGGACUCCUGGUAACAUGAAGACAAGGCUUGUUAAAGGAAGAACAACACCUUCAAGGUGGAGAAAAUCUAUGUCUUAA